GGGGAGGGGUGGCCGGGAACCUGGGGCCCUUGGAUGGAGAGGGGAUGAAGCAGGCCAGUUUGGGAAGAAACAGGGACGGGAGAGGACGGCAGUGAGGAGGGGCGCCUGGGAGGAGAGGUGAGACCGAAGGCGCAAAGGAGAGUGUUUUUGGGGAAAGGGAAACCAGGGCAGGUGCGGAGGCCGCAGCUCAGGAGGUAGCUAUGGGGCUAGACUGGAGACCCCCGGGUGGGACUGAGGGGCGGAGACUGGAAAAGGGAAGCCGGGAGCCUCCCAGAUCCUGGAGGAGGAAGGUGAUUUGGGCAAUAAGUGAGGGAAGUGGAUGUCUCCCUCCAUCGCUGAGGGUCCAGGGAGCAGGAAUAGGGGUGGACACAGGCCCAGCCCAGGCAAACUGGAAGUGGGGGACGGCAGGGAGCAGGGAUAGAUGGGUGGGUGGUAUUUUAGAUCCCCAAGGCAGAAGGCUCCCAUCCUUUAUCCAGCAUCUCCACCCUGCCCUCAUGACAACCCCCCCCAUCCCAGUCUCAGGGCCCAAGAGAGGGUGGGAGUCUGACUGUCUCCCCCUUCCCCAGUGGGGUGCAAUGCACUACGCAAGUAGGCCCUGGCAUAACUCCUUGUCUGUAGGUAUGUCCAGUUCUGUGUAGCUGAUUUGUGUGUGUCUGGAGGUCUGUGUGUGCUGUGGGUGUGUCGGUGGGUGUUUAUGUCUGUGUGUGCCUGCCUCUUCCUAGGUUGUGUUUACCUAUGCCUGUCUGUGUGUCUGGUCCUCUGUUUGUAGCUGUGGGUCUGCGGCCGGGUGGUUUGUGUCUGAUGUGUGUUUGUGUGAGUACUGGAUUCGUGGGGCCUGUCUGUGUGCUGGGUCUGGAUGUAUUUACAGGAUGGGAAUCUGUGUUGAUAUGCUCUCUCCCAAGUGUGUAUUUGUGGCUCUGAACACCUUUGUCAGGGUGUGUGACUCUGUGUACAUAUGUCCAUCUAUGGCUGUCUGUCUGUGGGUCCUACAGGCAGUGUGGGGUUUUUCUGUUCCUCCAUCUGUUUUCCUCUCUCUGAGGACCCAAGUCACAUCUCUGCUCCUCUCUCUCUCUCUGUCUGUCUGUCUGUCUGUCUCUCUCUCUCAUUCAUUCCUGGCCCCCACCCACCCCACAUCUUUCUUUUUUUCCCAUCCCAUCCCUCCCCACCAAGUGGAUCCGGGACCCAGGGAGGGCCGCCCCCCGGGCCUGGUGGCGCUGAGUAGAGCCCCCCAGCCCCCACCUCCUGCCCCACGACAUGAACCUCCUCUACCGGAAAACCAAGCUGGAGUGGAGGCAGCACAAGGAGGAGGAGGCCAAGAGGAGCUCCAGUAAGGAGGUGUCUCCCACAGGCCCGGCAGGGCCCGGGGCUGGCCCAGGGCCUGGGGUCCGCGUGAGGGACAUUGCCUCGCUGCGCCGCUCCCUCAGGAUGGGCUUCAUGACAAUGCCUGCCUCCCAGGAGCACACCCCCCACCCCUGCCGCAGUGCCAUGGCCCCACGCUCCCUCUCCUGCCACUCAGUGGGCAGCAUGGACAGUGUGGGGGGUGGGCCUGGGGUGGGCAGUGGUGGUCUCACAGAGGACAGCAGCACCCGAAGACCCCCAGCCAAGCCUCGGAGACACCCCAGCACCAAGCUCAGCAUGGCUGGGUCAGGAGCAGAGACACCCCCCAGCAAGAAAGCAGGCUCACAGAAACCAACCCCAGAGGGCCGUGAGUCCAGCCGAAAGGUUCCUCCACAGAAGCCCAGACGAAGCCCUAACACUCAGCUCUCUGUCUCCUUCGAUGAGUCUUGCCCCUCAGCCCCCUCUCCUCGAGGGGGUAACCUGCCCCUUCAGCGCCUCAGUAGGGGGUCCUGUGUAGCUGGGGACCCUGAGGUGGGUGCCCAGGAAGAAGAGCCCGUGUACAUUGAGAUGGUGGGCGAUGUCUUCAGGGGAGGAGGGCGAAGUGGAGGGGCCCUCACUGCGCCCCCUCUUGGGGGUGGGGGCCCAACCCCUCCAGCUGGCGCUGACUCGGACUCAGAAGAGAGUGAGGCCAUAUACGAGGAGAUGAAGUACCCGCUGCCUGAGGAGACCGGGGAAGGCCGGACCAACGGGGUCCCAGCUCUGAUGGCGGCAGCCUCCAUACACCAGCCUCAUGCCCUUCAGCCCCAUGCCCACCGCCGGCCAGCUUCGGCCCUCCCCAGCCGGAGGGACGGGACGCCCACCAAGACCACUCCUUGUGACAUUCCCCCGCCCUUCCCCAACCUCCUUCAGCACCGUCCUCCGCUCCUGGCCUUCCCCCAAGCCAAAUCUGCUUCCCGAACCCCUGGCGAUGGGGUUUCGAGGUUACCAGUCCUCUGUCACUCCAAGGAGCCAACCAGCUCCUCUACCCCAGCUCCCCAAGUGCCUGUCCGGGAGCGGGAGACGCCUCCCCCACCGCCUCCGCCUCCUGCUGCCAACCUGCUGCUGCUGGGACCCUCGGGCCGGGCCCGGAGCCACUCAACACCGUUGCCACCCCAGGGCUCUGGCCAGCCGGGGGAGCGGGAACUCCCCAACUCCCACAGCAUGAUCUGCCCCAAGGCGGCAGGGGCGCCGGCAGCCCCUCCUGCCCCAGCCGCCUUGCUCCCCGGCCCCCCCAGGGACAAGGCUGUGUCUUACACCAUGGUGUACUCAGCAGUCAAGGUGACCACUCACUCCGUCCUGCCAGUUGGUCCACCCUUGGGUGCUGGGGAGCCAAAGACGGAGAAAGAGAUCUCAGUCCUCCAUGGGAUGCUGUGCACCAGCUCAAGGCCCCCUGCGCCUGGGAAAUCCAGCCCCCACAGCGGGGUUGUGGGCACAGCAGCUGGAGUCCUCCACCACCGAGGCUGCCUGGCCUCCCCCCACAGCCUUCCGGACCCAACUACAGGCCCCCUGACCCCCCUCUGGACAUACCCAGCUGCUGCAGCUGGGCUCAAGAGACCCCCUGCCUAUGAGAGCCUCAAGGCUGGGGGGGUGCUGAACAAGGGCUGUGGAAUGGGGGCCCCAUCCCCCAUGGUCAAGAUCCAGCUUCAGGAGCAAGGGACUGAUGGGGGUGCCUUUGCCAGCAUCUCCUGCGCCCAUGUCAUCACCAGUACAGGGACACCAGAGGAAGAAGAGGAGAUGGGUGCCACAGCAUUUGGGGCAGGCUGGGCUCUGCAGAGGAAAGUCCUGUACGGAGGGAGGAAGGCAAAGGAGCUGGACAAAGUCGACGAUGGUGCCCGGGCCUGGAACGGCAGUGCCGAGGGUCCAGGCAAAGUGGAGCGUGAGGACAGGGGCCCCAUGGCAUCAGGGAUCCCAGUGAGGAGCCAGGGAGCUGAGGGCCUGCUGGCCAGGAUCCACCACGGAGGGGACCGAGGAGGGAGCCGCACGGCACUGCCUGUACCCUGCCAGACCUUCCCUGCCUGCCACCGCAACGGAGACUUCACUGGAGGCUACCGCCUGGGGCGCUCAGCCUCCACUUCUGGAGUCCGGCAGGCCGCGCUCCACACACCCCGGCCCUGCAGCCAGCCUAGGGACACCCCGAGCCAGACCCACCCUGCACUGCCGCCACCGCUGCCCCUGCCGCCCCAGCCGGCCCGCGAGCGCGAUGGCAAGCUGCUGGAGGUGAUCGAGCGCAAGCGCUGCGUGUGCAAGGAGAUCAAGGCGCGCCACCGCCCCGACCGGGGCCUCUGCAAGCAGGAGAGCAUGCCCAUCCUCCCCAGCUGGCGGCGAGGGCCCGAGCCCCGCAAGUCCGGCACCCCGCCCUGCCGCCGGCAGCACACCGUCCUCUGGGACACUGCCAUCUGAGGAGGGCGGGAGGCCGGGCGCCGGGACGGGAGCGGAGCGGGGCGGGCCAUGCCCGGCUGGAGACUUGCCUUGAAAGAGGGACACUUGAAAGGACCAGGCGGGAGAGAGCCAGGGAGAACCCCUGCCCUCUACCCUAACCCCAGAGACGAGGAGUCUGCCAGGCCCAUCGGGUUUGGGGCACCAGCAGCACCCCCAGACAUUUGCAGGGGGAGGGUUUGCUUGUGGUUGGAGGUGAGGCCCUUCUCUGCUCUCCACGCAGAGCCUGGUUGACCCUUCCUCUCGGAAGGGCAAAGGCCAAGCCGGAGGUGAGCAGCAUGGGGGAGGAGGAGAGGGUUAGGGUGGAAGA